CUUCUUCUUCCCGGCCUACAAAGCGAACAGAUAGAGAGAGAUACGCAAUGAAACCCAAAAGCCAGGGAACCCCCAAAACUCCAUCCAAGAAAUCAUCACAAACACAUUCAAUUGGUCUAUAUGCUGCGCAAUGCGAGGAAUGCUCUAAAUGGAGGCUGGUUGAUACACAAGAAGAGUUUGAAGAGAUCAGAAGUAAAUUGAUUGAGGAACCAUUUUAUUGCAACAGAAAACCUGAUGUUUCGUGUGAGGAUCCUGCUGAUGUCGAGUAUGAUGCCACUCGGACUUGGGUCAUUGACAAGCCUAACAUCCCGAAGACCCCAGUAGGUUUUAAGAGAAAGUUGGUGCUGAGAAAAGAUUUCUCUAAAUUGGAUUCUUACUUCACUACGCCCACAGGGAAAACAUACAGAACCCGUAACGAGAUUGGAUUGUUUGUAAAAGAAAAUCCAGAGUACAAAGAUGUGAAUCCUUCAGAUUUUGAUUUUGGUAGCCCAAAGGUGAUGGAGGACACCAUUCCUGAGCAUGUUUUGGAAAAUCCUUCUUCUAAUGGUAGCAGUAAGAAAAGGGUCAAGAGCCUUUGCAUUUGAGCUUAAUCUGGUGAGUAUUCUUUUUAGCUUUAAGCAUGGAGUUUGUUGGCGCAUUCCAAUUAACAUGAUGUGUGGUGCAAUUAGAUGUAGCAUGUAUCUUGCAAGAUUAAUCUGGUGAGGAUGUUGUUGGGAUAAACUUGGCUUGAUGCAUGGAAUUUGUUGGAUCGUGCCUAUUAAUAUGAUGAAUAUGAAUUCCUAGACAUUUAUUGUCUUGAAAAUAUUGAGUUUUU